GUCUCCCUUGGAUCGCGUCUGCGCUUUCGAUGCUUUUCUCUUCUUCUUAUCCUGCGGGGCUGUGAUAACUAUACACAACCUGCACUGCUGAAGCUUUCCGACCGAGCAGUACUAUUGGGCAUAGCCUUGAGCUUGCAGCGGCAGUGUCGCAAAGACUUAUAUAACUUGCAAGUGCAAGCGUAUGCUCUAAUCACUCCCAUUGACCAGCAUGUCUCCUCGUCCUCGCCGUCGCAGCGUCGACUCGUCUUCUUCAUCUUCGUCUUCUGACAGUGAUUCCGGCUAUAAACCGAAGAAGGAUAAGCAUCACCGCGCUGGUCAUGCCGCGUUCCCGACUCCUGUGCACCACCCAUCAGGGCAUAUUCCCUCGCCUGGCUUCCCAUUACCGGGCGUCAGUAGGGGCAACCAGCACGCUCAGAAUCCCAUGGCGAGUGAAUCUGACAGACCGCAGUUUCCUGUCGGUGGGGAACACCGCGCCAGCGAGCACCCGCCUCCGUACAGUGCACCAGCGCCUCCGCCGUCUGGAUAUCGAUUACCUUUAACGACCACUUCCGCAUUUCCUCCCUUGGAGCAGGCAGGACGCCCACCGUGCUUUGAUGCAGAUGGGCAAUCUCCUGUGUUUCUCGGAUCCGCGCUCUUCCCGAACUCGGUCCAUCCCUGCAAGAUCGUGCCUAGCCUCAAUCCUCCCUGUCGCGUGCCCUACGGAGGCGGGGAGCAUGAGCACAAUGGCCGGUACGAUUUGCUGCCGUUCACUCCCGAGACCAUGGAAUGGGUCCCGACUUCACAUGGUCGGAUUCCUGACGGGCGGAGGCCUGUAGAAGGAGGGUACGAAGAGCACGGGGCCAAGCUGUAUCACGCCCUUGCUCAGGUCAGUGGCAUUCAUGUACCAGGGAAGACUGGGGAGCAUCUUGGAGGCUGUAAUGUAGCAUUUGGCGGAGCUGAGCAUACCAUUCGGGAGAACUAUGCUAUUCUCUGCUGGAAGUGAAGGGCAAUGACUGAUCUGUAAUAUUCGUUUGUAACAAGUGGCCGUCAACGUUGUACGUUUGAUCUGUCUUAUCAUAUUACCGUCGUCCUAUGGAAAGCAGUAAGCUCUGUUUGUUGGGCACUAGAUUUUCCAUGCACGUAAUUGUGCAGCAGUGUCUUCCAAGGAGACUCCAUUUGAAGGAUCCGUACAUGCGAGCGUGAUGGGCUGCCUAUGCAAGGAGAAUUCAUGUAUGAAGGCGGUUCCGUUUUAUCCCCUCGAGCGUCCCGAGCAGUUCAACGAUGC